AUGAAAAAUGCACAAACAGACGAGGAAACGAAUAUGAAAGUCAGUGCCAUGAAUUAUUAUUCGUAUCAAUUAAUGAUUCGUCAAGACGUUGAGAACCACAUUCUGAAAUGUCGACAAUUAUUCCAUCAAUACAUCGUCGACAUGUACGCGAAGAUUGAAACCGAACGACCCCUAUAUAUUCGAUUGAAUCAAACCGAGUUGCGUUCUGAAGAGUACAUCCAUUUGCGAGACACAAUCGUUAAUGAUGGUAACGUGAAUCCAAACGAAUUGGGAAGAAUAGUCAUAUUACCAAACACACAGAUCUUCGGUGGUACAUUCACGGGGAGUCCACGGCACAUGCAUGAAUACGCACAAGAUGCGAUGACAUACGUUCGCGUAUAUGACUGUCCAGAUUUGUUCAUCACAUUCACAUGCAAUCCAACAUGGGAUGAAAUUAAAGAACUUCUGUUAGCUGGACAAUCAUCUCCGGACCGCCAUGAUAUUACCGCACGCGUAUUUAAACAAAAAUUAAAAGCUUUGAUGGAUUUUAUUAACAAGCAUCACGUUUUUCGAAAGACACGAUGCUGGAUGUAUUCCAUUGAAUGGCAGAAAAAAGGAUUGCCACAUGCACAUAUUUUGGUUUGGUUAAUCAACAAAAUUACGUCAGAUCAAAUUGACCAAAUCAUCUCAGCAGAAAUACCAGAUAAGGACAUUGACCUAGACUUAUUCGACGUCGUUACCAAAAAUAUGAUCCAUGGUCCAUGUGGCGCAUUCAAUAACAAUUCUCCAUGCAUGUCUGAUGGGACAUGCACGAAACGAUACCCAAGAAACUUGGUUUCUGAUACCAUCACUGGCAAUUACGGAUACCCACUAUAUUGUCGACGAUCAGUUGAGGAUGGCGGCAAAUCCAUCGUUCUGAAAGUACGAAACGUUGAUGUUGAAGUCGAUAAUCGUUGGGUUGUGCCAUAUUCACCGUUGCUCUCAAAGACAUUCAAAGCACACAUUAAUCUUGAGUAUUGCAAUUCAGUGAAGUCGAUCAAAUACAUUUGCAAAUAUGUCAUCAAAGUAAGCGACAUGGCAGUCUUCGGAGUAGGGAAUAUGGCCGCACAGCUCGAUGAAAUCAACCAAUACCAACUUGGACGCUACAUUAGCAGCAAUGAAGCAGUAUGGCGCAUCUUAUCAUUUUCAAUCCAUGAACGACAUCCAACAGUAGUACACUUGGUGGUGCAUCUCGAGAAUGGACAGCGCGUGUACUUCACAGCAGACAACUUUACCACCGGCAACAACUUUAACUGCAUUUUACUCACUGUGCAAGGAUGA